AUGACUCGGAGAAAUACUAUACGCCCAAAGAUUACUAAAUCUAUAAAACGUAAUACCAAUCCAACAACUACAACACCAGUUUCUCAAUUAAAAAUAACGCUUUAUCCACCUCCCGUAACCAAGGACGAUUUUUUAGGAAGACCAUUUACAAAUAUCGACACUAAAAGCCCAAAUGCAUUCUUUGUAUACAGAAAAGCAUUUGUUAAACAUCUUUCUGACAAAAAUCUUAAAUUCAGGAUGACCGAAGUUUCGAAAUUAGUUAGUUACAACUGGAAAAAUGAAUCAAAAGUAGUUAAAGAUGCAUAUACAAAAAUUGCACAAGAAAUUGAUAAAGAAUUUCAAGAAAGGAAAAGAAUAAUCAGGGGAUAUAAAAUUGUUUGUGAUCCAAUAAUGAAUGAUUUUCUAGACACAAAGGAAGAAGAAAAUCAUGGAAUAAAAGAGGAGGAAAAACAGCCAAAUGAACUGUCACAAUCUAUCAAUAAUGAUUUUCAACCUUCUUCAAUCAAAACAUCACCAAUUAUUAAAAUAGAGGAAUCUUUUAAUAAACAAUCGUCAUCAUCUCCUUGUGAUUCUCUAGUAACGAAUGAAUCUAUUAAUUCUUGGGAAUCUGAUUCAAAGCAAUAUAAUUAUCAACCAAAUUUAUUAGAACAAUCAUUUGUUCAAUCCGAAAUUAAUAAUUGUGUAUGUUACGUCCCAACCAUUGCUGAAGGUCAAAUUCUUGAUCCAAUUUGGAUUGACGAAAAUUCUUCUUGUGGCUAUACUACAACUUGUCUAAAUGAUUUUGACUUUUUUAAUCAAUUUAAUAUUGAACAAAAUCCUCCUCUUUGUCGAAUUGAAAAUUAUGAUGAAUACUUACUCUGGAAUCGAGAAUAUUGUUAA